AUGGGGGUAUCUUCCAAUCCCAAAAUCUUUCUCUCUGACAAAGAUCUCAAAGGCCCCAACCUCGUCGAUCCAGAACUCGCCUUAUUCAUCCAAGAAGAUCGCCACCUUGUUAAACUCAAACACCUAUCUCUGCAAGAAACUCUCCAAAAAGAAGACCAAAACCAACACAACAACAUCAUCGUCACAAAACCGGUGUGUCCCAUCACCUUGAAACUAGACAUUCCGUCUUCCUACGUGGGAUCAGAAAACGAUGAUGACUCCUUCGACGACGGUUACACCACUCCGACAUCUUCCGACAACAAAAUCCCGCUGAUCCUACAAUGCCCAGGUGCACCCAAGAAGACAAAACCAAAGCCAGCCACGAAAAGAAAAGCGUGUCGACGAAGAGUCGUGCUUGAUCUCUCCCAAGAUUUGGAAUCUUUGUUCCCUGUGCCGUAUGUGGUAGAUCUUGGAGGUGGUGGUGGUGUGAAUAAGAGAGUCAAACAUUGUUAA